GCCGGGGCCCGAGGAGAACUACAAGAGGACACUGAACAUUCCCGGACUUUUCACCGGCGAUCCUGCUCAUGACUAUGAAGUUUCUGAACCUGUGGAGCCAGAACCGGAACCCGAACCCGAACCCGAACCUGAACCUCUCGCAGAUGCCGAGCCAUUGCCGCCCCCAGAAGGAGAGGAAGGAGAAGAAGGAGGCCAAGAAGAAGGCCUUGAAAGAGGAACAGGCGGCCAAACCAAAGAAGAUGGAAGAAGAGAUGACCAGGGAGAAAGAGAAGUUGAAAAAGGAAGAAGAAGAGAAGCUGAAGGAGAUGGAUGAAGAAGAGGAAGGACCGCCACUGCAAAAGAGUGGGCAGCACAGCGGCAGCAGCACUGAUGAGAUGGAGAAGAAAAUUUCGGAGUGGGUCGCCAACUUAUCCCUGGGUGAGGAGGAAGAGGUUGCUAUGUACAUCCCCAAGGAUGAGCAAGAAGCCGCCAUGAAGAAAUGGGAAGCAGAAGAAGAUGUUGUGACGCGGCGGGCGAUGGAGGAUGAACAGAGGAUGGCGUGGAAGCUCGGAGUGAUGAGGGAGAAGAAGAGAAGAGUGGAGGCGGCGAAUGCAGCAAUGCAAGAACUAGCGGAGGUGAGGACUGCCGUAACAACACAAUUGAAUCCGCAAGUGGAUCUUCAACGUAAAGUGGAGAUCAUCGCCCAGAGCGUUGAGCGGUUAGCUAAAGUGCAAGAAAGGCACUUUGAGUUUAGUCGCAACCAGGAGAUAUCUGUACGCUCGAUGCGAACGGGCUUACAGGACUUUGCUCGCGAGUUAGUAGGCGCUGUGGGGUCCGAGGUGACUCACCGCCUCGAGAAGACUGAGCGUUUUUGUGUCGGCGCCAUUGAGGGCGUCAAGGUGACCGCUCCCAAGGAGGAGGAGGCUCGUCCUCGCAGGGAGCCGGUCAUAGUCAAAUUCCCUGAUUCCUAUAGUGGGAAAAGGGAAGAGAACUUUGACAAUUGGGAGGCCAAUGUUAAGACUUAUGUGCAUCUGCAACAGGUAUCCCCGGAUCAGCAGGUCCUAAUUGCGAUCCUCGCGCUUAGAGAUGAGGCCGCCAGCUUUGCAAGGUCCCAAGUUCGCGCUGCCAACUGUAAUGACGACCCGGUAGCGUACUCCUCGUUCACGUCCCUCACCGAAUUCUUGAAGUUGUUACGCGAGCAAUUCGCUGAUGUUGCCCGUAGUGUCAAAGCCUCAGAUAGGCUUCAGACAAUACACUCGCGCCAAUGGAAGAGUGCAAGGGCACUCAAGGGCACAAUGGAUGAGUUAGUGGUUGUUCCUGACCACAAGGUCACAGAGACCCAGUUGGUCAACCUCUUCUACCAGCCCAUGCCCGAAGCGCUGCGUGGUCACUUCUUUGACAACAGUCAGGACCCUGCUAUGACUUAUGAUGUACUUAGCGGGGAAGUGGUCGCGUUCGAGGCGAAGUCUGCCCGGACCCUCGAAGAGCUUCGGGGUCAUCUCAGGCAAGUCUUGGAGAAGCUGAGAGAAGCUAACUUCAAGAUCAAUGCAAAGAAGUGCGAUUGGGCGAAGACCCAAGUUUUGUAUCUAGGCCACGUCUUAGACGGAGACGGCGUUAAGCCAGAAGAUAGCAAGAUUGCAGCGAUUAGAGAUUGGCCCACGCCACGUACGCUGACAGAGUUGCGCUCGUUCCUGGCCUUAGCGAAUUACUACAGGAAGUUUGUAAGGAACUUCUCCACCAUCGCUGCGCCCCUUCGCAGAUUGCUGAGAAAAGAGACAAUCUGGAAGUGGGACAAGGACUGCACGUCCGCCAUGAAGAAGCUAAAGCAGGCGUUGAUAGAGUAUCCGGUCCUUAAGGUCGCCGAUCCGUCCUUGCCUUUUGUUGUUACUACGGAUGCUAGCCAGUACGGCAUAGGCGCAGUGUUACAGCAAGACGAUGGCAAUGGCUAUAGACCCGUAGAGUUCAUGUCCGCUAGGAUGCCUUCAGAGAAGGUUGCGACAUCUACCUAUGAGAGGGAACUCUACGCUCUCAGACAAGCAUUAGACCACUGGAAGCACUACUUGCUUGGGAGGCACUUCAAAGUCUAUUUGGACCAUGAAACGUUACGGUGGUUAAAGACGCAGGCCAAGAUGACACCUAAGCUUACUAGGUGGGCCGCAGACAUAGAUCAGUACGACUUUGAGCUCAAGCCUGUCAAAGGGAAGUAUAACGUAGUCGCGGAUGCUCUAAGUAGAAGGGCUGAUUACUUUGAUGCGAUAGUGCAUUAUCUUGAUAUAGGGAAGGACCUGCAGCAGAGGGUUAGAGAAGCGUACGCGCAGGACCCUAUCUAUAUUGACCUCCUUAAGAAAGUCAAAGAGGCCCCAGAGACUGAGCCGAACUACCGCACUACCGAAGGGUUAUCAUUUGAGAAGACUAAUGUCUUUGACCGCCUGUGCAUCCCCAAUAGCGAAGAGAUUCGUAGUCUGAUCUUGGGCGAAUGCCACGACACAGAGGGUCACUUUGGUUGGCAAAAGACUUUAGCCAAUUGGAUGCGCGCGUAUACCUGGCCAGGGAUGAAGAAUGACUGCGUAGAGUAUGUUCGCAGUUGUAAGGUUUGCCAGCGUAGCAAAAGUUCUACGCACGCCCCGUUAGGCCUUCUCAGACCCUUGCCCAUUCCGGACCAGCCGGGGGACUCAAUGCCUAUCGAUUUCAUGGACACUCAAGUCAAGAGCAGGCAUGGCAAGAGCCAAGUCAUGGUCAUAGUUGACCGAUGUAGUAAAUACGCAGUUUUUGUUCCUUUGCCUUCAGAGGCACGUACCGAUUUAGUCAUAGAGGUUUUUUUACUAUUGGGUUAGUGAGAAUGGAAUCCCGCUGUCGAUAGUGAGCGAUAGAGAUAGUCGCUUCACCAGCCAGAACU